AUGUCCGCAGCGGCGGGACGGAUCUGGCCGCCUGAGGACAUCAAUGGGCGUCUUGUGCUGAAUUUGGAUGUCAUCCGUGAACGUCCCUCGCAGAGUAGCCAUCUGAGCACGCGCGACAAAAGAUUCACGGACGCUGUUGGCCAACGCGAUAAGGUCUGUAUCUUGUCUGGCAGGCAUGGUAACUUUUGUGAGGCGCAGCAUCUCGUCCACCGGCAUAUUGGGAACCAGGGAAUGGCAGACAUCUUGUCACGGAACUCACCACAGCCCCUCGAUUCGAAUUUCGAACCGAUCCGCGAAGUAGAUGAUCCACGAAAUGGGGUUUUCAUGGACAGGGGGCUCCACAGCCGGUACGAUGCGGGUGCGCUGGCCAUCAUGAUCACUCCAAAUUGCGUCCUCGACACCAGUGACAUCGUCGCUCCGGCGCCUAGAAUUUUGGAGCCAGGCACGGCCUGUCCCGCGCACGUGCGCUACACUGCCCAAUGGUUCGAUAUGGCGUCAUUCGACGAGGAUGUUGUCGACGGCGUCCCUGAGAACACCGAUGCUGCUUUGGGGCUGAGUUUGUUGAAGAGUUGGAUCGCAUGGCAAUCACUGGACCGUGCACCGUCACGGGUGACGAUGAAGACAAUCCGGACGAAGUCCUCGAAGUUCCGGGGAGUGUACAACCGGCACCUGUGA